CUCUCGUCUCACUAUGGAUCAGCCCUUCGCACAUGCGCAGAACAGUCCGCAACGACCACUUCCUGCAAAAUAGUGCUCCCUAACAACAGACAAAGCUUCAUAUGGUGGUUUCAACCAAAGGCGCUUAAUUAAAAGCGUUCCUCCAUCGCUCCUUCAAUGGGUCCCGCCAGGCUCUCCAGGUACAGAGAGUAGGCUGAGUGUGCAGACAUGUCGGGCCGCUCCGCUGCAGAGAUGGAUGACUCGCAGGAGCUGCCGGCAAAGAAGGCCAAGAUUGGCGUAGUUGGCAAACUGAAGAAAGAGUCGGGUGAUUUGGGGGAUGAUGGGAGCCCAGCCGCUGUUUUAGGUUCAUCAGAGCAGGAGAACUCAUAUUCUGCCUUGUCCACAGCCCAAAUUGAUCCAGGUGAACAGGAGCAGUCCAGCGCAGAGAGGGGAGCUGGAUCUCAACCAUGUGGUGACUCAAUUAACUCGUACGGUCAUUCUGCCACCGAUGCCACAGCCACAUCUGAAUACACCCAACAGGUUUAUCAGGGAAGCAACCCAGCAGUAACGUCAUACACCAGUCAGGUGGCGUUUCCUCCUCUGGCCCAGUCCACUGUGUACUCAUCCUUCCCCCAAACAGGCCAGACCUACGGUCUCCCACCUUUUGGUGCUAUGUGGCCAGGCAUAAAAACAGAGACAGGGCUGCCUGAUGCGCCCUCUGGUGGCCAGCCUGGGUUUCUCAGUUUCAGCUCCACAUAUACCUCAACCCAGCCAGGCCAGCUGCACUACUCAUACCCCAGCCAAGGCUCAAGCUUCACAACAUCCAGUGUGUAUUCCAACAUCCCUUCAGCUACAGCCGCGACUACAACCGCCUCAGCGGUGGCCCAUCAGGAUUUUAGCAGCUAUAACUCUCUGGGACAGAGUCAGUUCUCUCAGUACUACACUCUUCCUCCCAGCUAUGUGCCUGCUGGGCUACCUAACAGUGAUGACCACAGUGGUGGUGCAGGUGUUGCUGGAUAUUCAGCAGUGAAAUCAGAGGAGGCCGCCUCAGCUGGACUGCCUCCUAGAGAUGCAUCCCCACCAGAAAACCUGCCUGUUUGUGCGGCUCUUCCUACAGCUGUGGCAGUGCCCGCUGGAGCUCGAGAUCAGGACGAGGUCGGCCGCAGGAACUCGGUGGGCAAAGCCAAAGGGAAGGGCAAGAAGUCUGAUAACUCUCCACCUGCUGAGAGUGACCUUGAGCGCAUUUUUCUAUGGGAUCUGGAUGAAACCAUCAUUAUAUUCCACUCUUUGCUCACCGGCUCUUAUGCGCAGAAGUUUGGCAAGGACCCGGCGACUGUGUUGAACUUGGGCUUGCAGAUGGAGGAGCUGAUCUUUGAGCUGGCAGACACCCAUCUUUUCUUCAAUGACCUCGAGGAGUGUGAUCAAGUCCAUGUUGAGGAUGUGGCGUCUGAUGACAAUGGACAGGACCUGAGCAACUACAACUUCAUGGCGGAUGGAUUUAACGGCCCCAGCAGUGGAGCUGCAUCAGGAACCACCACAGGAGUUCAGGGAGGGGUGGAGUGGAUGCGUAAACUGGCUUUUCGUUACCGCCGUCUAAAAGAGAUCUACAAUACUUACAAAGGAAAUGUCGGGGGCCUGUUGAAUCCCAUGAAGAGGGAGCUGCUGUUGAGGCUUCAGUCCGAGAUUGAGAAUGUUACAGACUCCUGGCUCAGCACUGCGCUCAAGUCUCUGCUGCUCAUCCAGUCCAGGGGGAAGUGUAUGAACGUGUUGGUCACCACGACUCAGCUGGUUCCAGCUCUGGCCAAAGUGCUGCUCUACGGCCUGGGAGACGUCUUCCCCAUCGAAAACAUCUACAGUGCCACAAAAAUAGGAAAAGAGAGCUGCUUUGAGAGGAUCGUCUCUCGCUUUGGGAAAAAAGUGACUUAUGUGGUGAUCGGUGAUGGCCGAGAUGAGGAAUUUGCAGCAAAACAGCACAACAUGCCUUUCUGGCGGAUCUCCAGUCACGGCGACCUCGUGUCCCUUCACCAAGCGCUGGAACUGGACUUCUUGUAACGAGGAUGCUGUUGAAUGUUGUGCACUCAAAGGGAAAAAUGUUGUCGUCGUACUGGUGACUUGUGGAGUGAAACUGUGUGUGGAAAAAUUCUCCACAAGCCCAACAAUCCACACUCACCUGUUAGAAAUCUGCUCUCGCUGUCCGACGACUUGCAACUCGCUGUGUGUUGGUGAACGCUUUGAGGCGGACUUUGGGUCGGAGCCGCCUGCGAGAAACAAACUGGACGCGUCAGUCAUCAGAAGUAAGGUUCCUCUCGCCCAGCACCCCCUCCUCUACGGCAGCUAAGCUCACUGCGGCUGAAACUGGCACUGAUUUGGACACGGAAGGGAUGACUUCUAUUAUCCAGCUUCUUCACGGUUUUUGACUUUUGUUUUCACAUAAACAUCCAAAAGUCCUGCAGCAAACAUCAUCCCUCAACUCUCACUGAGUUUAAACGGCUAAGGAGACGUUGUUUGUUGGUGGCUUUGUCUGUGGAGGUUGUCAUAGCUUUUUAUUUUGAAAAAUCUCUUUCCGGGGUGACUUGAAAGCAUCAUUUUGCCUUUGUUUUUCAUUAUGUUCCUGACAGUCAUCAAGUAUCAAUUAAUCCCACUUUUAUGUGUUGCCUCUCAUGUAGCCAGACCGUUAUUAAACAAAAGGUACUCAGUGAUGGAGGGCGGCAGGGGCCAUUAAUCUCUGACUGUCACGACAAGACCAAACCACACCAUCAGUCAGCACCAUCAGUUCUGACCUCUCCACUGUGUGUGAUCCGUGGUCACCGAGCAUGUGCUAAGGACAAGAGAUGCAAACUGCAGGAAGUGGUAAUAAGUGGGGGAAAA